UGGCUUUACAGUUACAAACCCAUUGUCUUUUCGAAAUUCUUCCCCCCUCCAUUUACUCCCGUCUCCUCAGCUGCAAUACUACACUGCUCCACCGUCCGUACUGUCACCGCAAAAUGAGAGAUUUGCCGUUGAAAUCAGAAAUCGGUCUCAAUGGAGAUAAGUACAAUCACUUUGUUUUGCUGAUGAAGGAUUCAAAAACUAUAUGUAGGGCACAGUGCUUGGAUGAUCCUCCUGUAAAAGUGCCUCGACGUUGGAAUUUGCAUGAUAUUGUCUCAAGAUCUUCAUUAAAUAUUGAUUGUCAACUGCCUCAUUUCUUAUUACGCCCUGCUGCUUUGUGUUCUCGUGAUGAAAAUGAGUGGAAGAGGUUUUUGUCUCAUCUUCAGAAAAGAGACUCGGUUGGAAUUGCAAAAUUUGACUUCUGUGAGUUCUAUGUACUUCCUCCUGAUGAAGCCUAUAAUUUUAGCCAUGCUAGAGUUGCAUACCGGCUGGAUAAGUACAGUGGUCAAAAGCAUUGUGAAUCAGGUUUAACUAAGGAUAUUGUUCUUCUGUCUUUGAUUGUGAAAGGACCAUCUCAACUGGUUUCUGUAAUUGUGCCAUCUACAGUUGCAGAUACCACUGAAGCAUGUCUAUUUAAGCGAACUAGCUUAAAUCCAACUGAAAUUUGUGGUAAUAGCAGCACCAUUUCACCUUCUCAUGACGUUGAGUUUGCUGCUGGGAAAGGUGGGCAUCUGCAGUCAAAGGGUGUGGGUUUCAAUGAAAAUAAUGGUGUGCCUGAUGUCAAGCUUCCACAUUCAAUUGGUGAUAACUGUGGGAGUGUGCCGACAGAUAGAUGUCAGCCUUGUGCUGUGAAACAGGACAGACCGUUAGAGAAAAAUUAUGUGCGGGCAGAUCCAAGUUACCUGCAAACUCUUGGUCAGGCACACUCUGGAUGGAUAUUUGGUGCAAUAGCUGAGCUUGUUGAUAAUUCUAGGGAUGCAAAAGCAAGCAGAUUGGAUAUCUCUGUUGAAAUCAUCUACUCAAAAAGAGCUGGAAAAGAUAUUCCUAUGCUGUCAGUUAUAGAUGAUGGCCAGGGGAUGACUCAUCAGGACAUUGUGAGAAUGACAUGUUUUGGGCACAAGCAACCUGAUAUAGAUGAUCCAGAUCAUAUAGGAAGAUUUGGUGUUGGAUUUAAGACUGGAGCAAUGAGGCUUGGGAGGGAUGCUCUUGUUCUUACGCAGACUGCUGAUUCCAGAUCUAUAGCCUUUCUCUCACAAUCUCUAAAUGAAGGAAAAGAUAAUCUAGAGAUUCCAAUUGUAAGCUACUGCAGAAAAGGACAAUUUAUGGAAGUAGAUAGAAAUGUCCAGUCUAAAGCUUUAGCAAAGUACAAUUUGAAAACUAUUAAGGAAUUUUCACCAUUUGAUAAGUAUUUGAUUGGUGAAAAAGCAGGCUUGUUCCAUGGAAAAUGCACAGGAACACAAAUAUACAUAUGGAACUUAGAUAAGUGGGGCUCAAAUUAUUGUCUGGACUGGACUGAUGGACUGACUGGUGGGAGCUCCUUUCACCAAGGCGACAUACUCAUCCGUUCUAGAAGGGUUAGAUCUCGUCCUGGCCAGAUGAGUCAAAAGGUGCUCUUAGACUACUCUCUUAGAUCUUAUCUAGAAGUCAUCUUUUUAGUCCCACGGAUGAGGAUGUAUGUUCAAGGUUCUCUGGUUAAAAGUCGGCCAUUGGCAAAUUCCUUGAGUAAUACUUAUCAAGCAUCUGCUGUUAUCAUGGGGAAACAUGUUCAAGUAACCCUUGGUCGCAGUCAAUUAGAGUGGGAGCAGGCAAAUUGUGGAAUGUUUUUGUAUUGGCAUGGUCGCUUAAUUGAGGCUUACAAAAGAGUUGGUGGCAUGACAUAUAAUGGUGAAGUGGGACGAGGUGUGAUUGGUGUUAUAGAUGUUACUGAACUAAUGUGGAACCUUUUGCACCUUUAGUAAUGAUAAGAAAAAUGUUCAGUCGCAGCCCAGAAGAAAGGCCCAAAAGAGGCGACAGCAUCUGGAAACUAUAUUCUGGAAUAUUCAAGAUCAGAAUUCUGUUCUGCAGCAGAAACUUUUGUUAAGGGAAUGGCGAUGUGUUGCAUGAGUAGACUGAAUCUUUAAAAUGGGAAGGAAGGGGUGGGAGAGGAUAUGUUAAUUUCUUUGAUUUAGAAUGCUAGCUUAGAGCAUGGCAUGGGGGAAGGGCAUUUAUAGUGCUGGGAGAAUGAUUGUGGGAUAUUCUCCAUCAUCAGAUAUUUCAUUCCUUCCCUUUUUAAUCCAUUUCCUUGAAUGAAUUAACAGAAGUAUUUGGUUCCAUUGUUCUGGGCUUUUCUGCCGGCUCCACCUUGGGCUUUUCUAUCAUUUUCUCUCUUUCUUCUCUAUUUAAUUCUCUAGAUUCCUUACUUGACCAAUUAACUUUCUUCAGAGGGCUGCUUUUACUCUCACUCUUAUUUUGCUCCAUUGAAAAUUUAGGGAUUUCCAGCACUCAUUUAGAUUCUAUUAUUAGGCUUACCAUUUACCGUAAGGUGAACUCAACUCUAAGUACUUUUCUUUUAUCAAUGUGAUGAAAUUUCUAAGCAAGACAGAAGCACUUCGUAUCACUAAAAUAUCACUUAGGUAACUUUGCAACUCGGUGUUGCAUGGACAAAGCUUCAGAGUUCAUGCUAGGAAAAUUUCUUUUGUUUGUAAAUACAAAGAAAGAAAUAUACCGGUGCAGUUGGUACAUGAAUAGCUGUUAGUCAAGUUUUUCUUUUUGAGCAUUUACAACCUAACUUGCACUUUCUAUAUAUUGUGAACUGAUACAAUUUGAUGCCCCCUUCUUUUCCUUCAAAGAAUGAAGGUAAUGGUCAUGUUUGGGUGCAUAGUAACAAACAAGGUUUUCUGGAUUGUGAAUCAUAUGCUCUACUGGAGGAGUGGCUGGGGAAGGAAGCAGAUGAAUACUGGGAUAAGAAUUAUGACACAGUGCUGCUG